ACGUGACUCGCCGCAACUCGAGCGCUGUCACAUGACCGCGAGCCGUGAACAUGGCGGAGCGACGCGAGUACGAGGGUCUGCUGGAUGAAGACGAGGAUGAUGACGGAGUGCCGCGGCACCUGUUCCCGCUGUGUGACCCGACUCACCUGCUGCACCGGAUCCUGGUCCUGGUCUUCAUGUGCUUCCUGGGCUUCGGCAGCUACUUUUGUUACGACAACCCCGCAGCGCUUCAGACUCAAGUCAUACAGGACAUGAGUCUGAACACAGCCUCGUUCAUGCAGCUGUACGCGUGGUACUCGUGGCCUAACGUUGUGCUGUGCUUCCUGGGGGGCUUUCUGUUGGACCGGGUGUUUGGCAUCAGGCUGGGGACCAUCAUCUUCUCAUUGUUUGUGUUAUUAGGGCAGAUCAUAUUUGCUGCUGGAGCUCUGGCCAAUCACUUCUGGCUGAUGAAUCUGGGCCGUUUUGUGUUUGGUAUCGGCGGAGAGUCGCUGGCUGUGGCUCAGAACACGUAUGCGGUGAACUGGUUCAAAGGAAAAGAGCUGAAUCUGGUGUUCGGUCUGCAGCUCAGCAUGGCCCGAGUGGGCAGCACGGUCAACAUGAACGUCAUCGGUUGGGUUUACGGCCGCAUCGAGGCGAUGCUGGGCUCAACGGGACACACCACGCUCGGGAUAACACUCAUGAUCGCGGCGUCCACGUGUCUGUUCUCCCUCAUAUGUGCUCUGAUUCUGGGCUUCCUGGACAGAAGAGCAGAGAAGAUCCUCCACAAGGAGCAGGGCAGAACCGGGGAAGUCAUCAAGCUGACGGACGUCAAGGACUCCGUUUCUCUCUGGCUCAUGGCCUAUUACGUGGCAAUCUUCCCAUUCAUUGGACUGGGCCAAGUUUUCUUCAUCGAGAAGUUCGCCUUCACUACUGUCCAGGCCAGAGCCAUCAACAGUAUCGUGUACAUCAUCUCGGCUCCGGCGUCCCCUCUGCUGGGAUUCGUGGUUGACAGGACGGGCAGGAACAUCUUGUGGGUUAUGCUGGCCGUCAUCACCACGCUCCUCUCUCACAUGAUGCUGGCCUUCACCUUCUGGAAUCCCUGGAUCGCCAUGUGUCUGUUAGGUCUGUCGUACUCGCUGCUGGCCUGUGCUCUCUGGCCGAUGGUGGCGUUCGUGGUGCCGGAGCAUCAGCUGGGAACCGCGUAUGGAUUUAUGCAGUCCAUACAGAACCUGGGCCUGGCGCUCAUGUCCAUGGCUGCGGGAAGCAUCUUAGACCUCAAAGGAUACCUGUUCCUCGAGGUAUUCUUCAUCGCCUGCCUGUGCUUGGCUCUGCUGGCAGUGGUUUUGCUGUAUCUGUAUAAUUAUUACAAAGAGGGAGAGCUGAACCUGUCGGCCUCAGCACGAGCCAGCCGAAUCAAGUCUGAGGAUGCUCAGCGUUUGCGUGUCCCUCAGCCGUCUGCGGAGGAUCACGGUCAUCUGAAGCCUCUGUCUCCGUUUGGUCUGCGGAACCGCUACCUGUCCAGACUGGGUGUGCAGGUAUCACUGGACAUCUCCAAGCGUCUGGUGGCGCUCGCUGUGGUCUCUCACACAGGUGUGUUGUUGUGUUGUCAGAUGCCGGAUCACUGCUGCCCUCAUCUGUCUUCACUGGCCUACAGGAGUGUCCUCAGAUGAUCUCCAGUAACGCUGCCAGAGAGAAAUGCACUUGGGUUAAUAAACUUUUUGGGUUUUUUGUGCAUGCAUUUGGAUGUUUUUGUUCGAUUGCAAUCCAGCUAAAGUGCCCGAGAAUGUAGAUGCGUUCAGCAGAGCGAUGUGUACGCUCUUAUCUGAGAGCGUCCUGACACAGAUGCACAGACUUCAUGCUGUUAAGGGUAUUUCUGAUGCAGUCUCAUGGCAGUUCACUCAGCUCUUUUACAGUUUGGUGAACUGGUGUCUAAUUCAUAUGAAUUUGCACAUCUCGUGUUUUGUGUGAUCUGCUCACACUCCAGUGACAGUUAAAUUAGCAGCGGACCUUCAUACCUGCUUCAUUUUCUAAAAAGAAAAGGGUUUUCAUUCAUAUGUCCAGUUUCUAGUUUUAUUUAGUUUUAAUAUCUUGUUUUUAGCUGGGGGGUUUUUUGGUUUGUUUUGAAGACUACUAAUUAUCUGUGGUGAAUUUCACAAUGUUGUUAACACUAGUUGCUUAUUAUCAUGUAUAUUACUAGUAUAUUGGCUGUUUAUUAGCACAUACUAAUGCUCAAUUGCAGAUUUUAUAUCCCAUAAUCCACCCCACACCUAAACUUAACCAGCUACCAGUCUUACACGUGAUAAUCAACAGAGGCAAAGGUCAUAGUGUGACUGAGCUGUGUAAACUCUCAACCCUGUUACUGUGGUGGAGGAAGGGUUAAAUCACAACUAUUAAAGACACUUAAACUUUCAGUAACACUUUAGAAAACUGUUCUGUCAGGAACAAAUGAGAAACACAGUAUGAACCUUCCAGUAGCUGCCAGUAACUAACAGCUCCAGUCAAGCUUUCAGUGCAUUAGCUAGUUAGUAACUACAGUUUUAUACAUUCCAGAAUAAUAUGAACAACUACACAGUUUCACAAUUAAUGAGAAUAAUUCUUAAUGCAUUAAUUCAUUCCUACGUAUAAUUAUGGUAACCCACUAGUAAUUACUCAAGUAGCCUAUUACCGAAUCCUUCAGAAGAAA